CUUCCCUCUCUUUGGCUGCGACCGCGGCAGAGCCACGUGGUGGGGCUGGGAAGCCGCGGCCGCCGAGUGCCCGGGCGGCCGCCCCAGCUGGGCAGUGCUGUUCUGCGCUGCCCCGCGCUCGGUGCCUGCGCUCCCUGCUCUGCGCUCCCCGCCAGCGGCCCCGCGGCAAGAGGCGCGCCUGGCGGCCGGCGGGAUAGACAAAGGAGGCGCGGCGCAGCAGAGCCAGCGCGCGGGCGCACGGACCAUGGACUCCGAGCGCGGGCGGCCCGCCCCAGCCCUGAGGACCCGGCGCUCCCGGGCCCGGCCGUAGGAUCCUGGCCCCGCCGCCCGGGGCGCCCUACGGGAAGGACGCGGAGCUCGUGCGGCGCCGAGAAGGCGGCGGCCGCCGAGCUAAAGGGGCACCGCGGCGGACCGCCUGUGCGGCCCCUGGAGCCAUGGGCAAGUGCAGCGGGCGCUGCACGCUUGUCGCCUUCUGCUGCCUGCAGCUGGUGGCUGCACUGGAGCGGCAGAUCUUUGACUUCCUGGGCUACCAAUGGGCUCCUAUCCUAGCCAACUUCCUGCACAUCAUGGCGGUCAUCCUGGGCAUCUUUGGCACGGUGCAGUACCGCUCCCGGUACCUCAUUCUGUAUGCAGCCUGGCUGGUGCUCUGGGUUGGCUGGAAUGCGUUUAUCAUCUGCUUCUACCUGGAGGUUGGACAGCUGUCCCAGGACCGGGACUUCAUCAUGACCUUCAACACAUCACUGCACCGCUCCUGGUGGAUGGAGAAUGGGCCGGGCUGUCUGGUGACACCUGUCCUGAACUCCCGCCUGGCUCUGGAGGACCAUCAUGUCAUCUCCGUCACUGGUUGCCUGCUUGACUAUCCCUACAUUGAAGCCCUCAGCAGCGCCUUGCAGAUCUUUCUGGCACUGUUUGGCUUCGUGUUCGCCUGCUACGUGAGCAAAGUGUUCCUGGAAGAGGAGGACAGCUUUGACUUCAUUGGUGGCUUUGACUCCUACGGAUACCAGGCUCCCCAGAAGACGUCGCAUUUACAACUGCAGCCUCUGUACACGUCGGGGUAGCUUCUUCCUCGCGCCCACCCUGGCGUCACUUGCUUUGUGGCUAGACUGACAGCCGCUGCCAUGAGCUCUGACCAGGAUGGCAGGCGCGCCCCCUGGCGGCUCGCGGACCGACUGCAGCCUGUGCUGCUUGAUCUGGGUCUGCGGUGGACUUGGACUUGGCCCUUCGCAGCCCGGACUUCAGGGGUGGGGCGGGGCGGGGUGAGGGAGGGGAAUUCCGGGGUUUGUAUUUUUUUUUUAAUCUCAGCCUUGGUGUGUACUGGGGCUCCCUCUCUUCUCCAGCCUCUCCCUUUUCACCCAUCGCCCAGCAUCCUGUCCACUGUCCAGAGAGUAAAAGCAGGACCGACAGACUCACCCCAUCUCACCACACUCAUUCACCAGCUCUGGGGAAAGUUACCAUGAACUAGGGACAGGAGUCCUGGGUUCUAAUUGCAGCUCUAUCACUGACUCUCUGUGUGACAUCCGGCAAGGCUUUUGCCCUCUCUGGUUCUCAGUUUUCCCACCUCGAAUAAUUAAAAUAAUCCCUUAAUAAAUGAGGCUCUUUCUAGCCUUCUCAUUUGGCUCUCAAUUCCCUGCAUUAGACUGGGAUUACAAUUCCUAUUUUGCAGAUAUGGAAACUGAGGCCCAGAGAUGUGAAGCAAUUUGCUUGAGGCCACACAGCUAGGCUUUUGGUGAAGGCAGGCCUUGAACACAGUGUACUUUCUGUAAUUUCAGCCUCCAAAAUCCAGCGUCUGGCCUCUGAAUUCCAUUUUCAAGCCCCCUUCCAGCUUGGACACUCUAGAAUCCAUGUGAUCCACACCACAUUUACACAUCAUCGCCACCACUUGCCAACACCUCUCUUAAAGCAAUAUACCCGUUCUCUUGUUGGGAACCAGAUGUAUGGAGCCCAGAGCCCUGAAUUCAACCUGACCCACAGGGAACCCUUCCUAGACUUGGCUUCUGUCUUGGCAAACCUUUCGAGCUUUCUCCAGGAAAGGGGGACCACAACUCAGUCACCACGUUCCCUUCCAUGUCCCUGAAGCUGCUACACCCAUGAUUCCCCUUCCCCCUCAGCGACUCCACCAACCCCUGAUAGCUCCAUUUACUUCCCCGGUUGGAAGACCUGUGGUUUCAGAGUGGAAAAGGGCUGGUCAGCACUACCUGGUCACCAGUGCUCACAGAUCACUAGCGUUUAUGACCACACCAAUGUCCAGGAGUUCUAGAGGCAGAAUGGGGCUGUGGGUCAUGGUAGGUGGUUGGGAGGGCCAGCACCUUUCAUUGAGAGCAAACAGAGGUGAGCUCAUUCUCCCCACCUCCUUCCACAGAUACCCUUGAGCACCCUGUGGACUAUGCCCUGGCUGGUGAGUCCAAGAGCAGGAGGACCAGGUGUCAGCUUCCCAGCCUGUGAAACCGGAGUGGCCCUAGGUUAGGAAGGAGGGUGGGAGGCACCAGAGAACUGGAAGGAAGUGCAGGCAGUUAGCACAGCUGAGCCUGUUCAUGGUGACCACUUUGUUCCAUACUCUCCACCCUCCACACUAGGAUUUCCUAUUGUCUAAGGCCAAAAUAUCCUGAGCUGAGACUCUACCCUACCAUCCCAACUGCAGUGCUGUGCCAAGGAACCAGCCCCAGAGGUUCUCUGGUCACUGCAGGCUCUGAGGCCCCAGAUGCUCAGCCCAGUUAGCUGACGGGUGCAGGUUAAGAAGGGUGUAGUUCCCUUCAGGCUUUGCUGCUGCCCCACCACUGGACCAACUCCUGCCUCCAGCCCUCCCUUCCCCCACCCUAAGCCAGCUGUCAUCUCUCCCCCACUCCCCUAGCCCCCUUUCUACUCAAAAGGGUUUAGCCACUGGUGCUUUGAAGCCUUUUGUUUUUAUAAGACAGUUUUUGCAAGGAGACCAAGUUCUCCCUGGGACCUUGCAAAGCAGGGAGUGUUCCCCUGGUUUCUGUGCAGGUGGGUUGAUUAAAGCUGGUGUUUUCUUCUCUA